AGAACGCGUCGCGGCGUGCGCACGCGUAGAGAAUCGCGCGCAACACUGACUUGUGUUUGUCGGCCAUUUUCUUGGCGUGGUGGGGAAGGCACCGAAAUAGGAAAUAAAGUGGAAAAGAAGGCUUUGCUAUAGUAGCCUUCGCAGUUUAGUCUGCGCCUGCGCUGCUCAAGAUGAGAGCUGCAAGAUUCACGAGAACAGUCGGCAGACACACGGCAGAAAUGUUGGCAAAUUUGACGAAAAUAUCACCUUUUGACCCAAAGAAACUUGACAUACUCGGCCUGAGUCUCGGAGGUCAAAUAAUGAGCUUCCUGGCCAAACACUAUUACGCAUUAACAGGAGUAAAAAUAUCAAGGUUAACUGCGUUAGAUCCUUCGGGGCCUUGCUUCAGAAAUUUGGGACCAGAUGAACGUUUAGAUCAAGAUGAUGCUGACUUAGUAGAUGUUAUAUCAACAAAUAUAGAUGGUUUUGGCAUGGCUACUCCUGUAGGACAUGUUAAUUUUUACGUCAACGGUGGAGAAUUCCAACCUGGAGAUAUUUUAUGGAUGCCUUGUAAUGUAUUCUGUAGUCAUAUUAGAUCUUUCACUAUUUGGUUAGCUGCGUUAGACAAUCCAGACUCCUUUAUAGCAGUACAAUGUGAUUCAGUACAAGAUGCUAGAUAUAAUAAAUGCCAUGAUAGAGAACCUAUGGUCACAAAUAUUAUGGGUUUGAAUGUGGACAGAAACAAGCCAGGAAUAUUUUAUUUAGCCACCCACAAUAAUUUCCCAUAUUAUUUGGGCGUUAAAGGUCUAAAAAAGAGGAGUGAUUAUUUUUCGGCAAAAUUAAGAUUUAUUAAUGCUAAAGAUGUUAUGAGAAUGUAGGUAGGCAGUUAAAGUCUUGAUGUUCAGGAUAAAACGUAUGAAAUUAUUCGAAAGUAUUAUAUUGAUGACUUAAGUUUUUACUAAAUCAUUAACAGUGGGCUGUGUCUU